AUGACGGACUCCAAACAGAGCUGGAGCCCCAUCGAGGGCCUCCUCUCGCACAAAUACAGGCGGACAAUCUACCUCGCUGCACUGGCCCUCACAAUCAUCACGCUGCUGACCUUCUACUCGGCGCCUAUCUCCUCACGGCGGACCACAACCACCACCACCACGACAAAAACCACCACUUCCUCUGGCCACAAGGGCGAAUGGGACUGGGACUGGAAACGGGAUGGGGAGAACCUCCUCAUGACGGACGAGCAGUGCAGUGCUGCCUUCCCAGGCCUUUUCGUCGAGAUUGAGCGGGCGGCGGCUACACGGAAGGGGAACAAGAUCACUUUCGAGGAGCUCGAUGCUAUCAAACCACAGUAUGGCUAUGGGCGGGCAAUGAUCUAUGACCAGCAGCUCUACGUAAUCUCCAUCGACAGCACCAUCUACUCCCGCACCAUGGCCACCCUCCAAGCCAUCCACCGCGCAAUCCUCACCUCCCCCGAGCCCCUCCCCAACAUCGAAUUCACCUUCGUCGUCAACGACAAGAUCGACCCGACCACCACCUGGGCACUCACCCGCCGCGCCUCCGACACCUCCAUCUGGCUCAUGCCCGACUUCGGCUACUACAGCUGGCCCGAGACCAAGGUCGGCACCUACGGCGAAGUGCAGCGCAAGAUCCUCGCCGCCGAACACACCUCGCCCUGGUCCUCCAAGAAGUCACAACUCGUCUGGCGCGGCGCCCCCAUGACCGAGCACAACAUCCGGCAGCACCUCGUCGACGCCACGGCCGGCAAGCCCUGGGCCGACGUCAAGUACCUCGACUGGGGCGACAAGGCCGCGCUGCAGCACGACCUCCUCACCAUGCCCGAGCACUGCGGGUACAAGUUCGUCGCGCACACCGAGGGCGCGUCGUACUCUGGCCGGCUCAAGUAUCUGCAGAACUGCCGGAGCGUGGUGAUCGCGCACAGUCUGAAGUGGAUCCAGCACCACCACCCGCUGCUCGUGGCGUCGGGGCCCGAGCAGAACUUUGUGGAGGUGGACGACGAGUUCCGGGGGCUGGAGAAGGCGAUGAAGGGGCUGCUGGCGGACGAUGCGCGCGCGGAGCGGAUCGCGGGGAAUGCGGUGAGGGUGUUUAGGGAGCGGUAUUUGACGGGUGCGGCGGAGGUGUGUUAUUGGAGGAGGCUGGUGAGGGAGUGGAGGGAUGUGAGUUUUGAGCCGGCGUUUUAUGAUGAGAGGGGGGAGUGGAGGGGGGUGCCGGCGGAGAGUUACUUUCUGAUGGGGAAGGUUGAGUGGGACCCGUAUUAG